CAAAGACGCAGAAGCCUACGCCUCCAACGUGCCGAUCCCAUCCAGACAACACCCAACUCCGUUCAGCAGGCGAAGACGCCAAAGCGACCUCGAGAAGAAGGUGAAGUUCCACCCUUCCGAUCUUCGCCCGAGCCGCUCCCAAAACGAGUACGGACAUCUGCAGCUUCGGUCGGCGAACAGGUUGGGUGGGAGACAAUCAGCGAGGCUCGAGUUGACUACUGGAGGGAGAACGGAACCUGGCCGACAGAAGAACAAGAGAAAACAAUGGAUCGUUUUCGAGACAUUUUCCAUCAUGCGCUCGCAAGAAAGAGAUCAUCGGCUUCCCUUCGCCGCAAGCGUUCGGAUGCCAGCAUCAACGCGGAAACAGUCCUAACACGAACACCGAGCGACCAGCAACCGCGAGAACAGAAGAGUGCUCCGUACAAACAUCCGCGGUACGAAGGUCAACUCAGGGAACGCGGUAGCUUCAUGGGUAAAUACGAAGAGGGAAUCACCGCCGAAAGCAAAGAGCUUUGCCAAAAGCUUCUAAGAGCGUCGCAGUCGCCACCAGAACAUACAUUGUUCGAUGAUGAUCUGUUCGAAGACACUUUGGAAUUGAUCAAAGGCAGAAACGAGACCAGAGUGAUCCGCGAUAUCGCACAGCUCAUUGUCCCUCCUGCCGAAAUUUUGGCAAUUCGCGGCGCUAAGCAUCUGAAGAUUCUCAGAGAGACUACUAACGCCGGCUGGAAUAACGCCAUCCCUUUUUGCGGACCGCGUCCGCAGCCAGACUACGGUCUUGGGUUUAAGCGAGAAGCAUUCAACCGAGAACAGUUACAGAAGCUCCAGCCUUUUAUUGGUAAUGAACUGGAAGACUGCUCCUAUGUUGCGGCUACGUACGACAUGUACCUUCCAUUUCUUACCAGCGAGGUAAAAUGCGGAGCGUCCGCACUGGAUAUCGCCGAUCGACAGAACGCUCAUAAUCAGACUGUUGCUUUACAGAAUUUAGUAGAGCUUUUUCGACUUGUGGGCCGCGAGAAAGAGCUUCAUCGAGAAAUCAACGGCUUUUCAAUCUCUCACAGCGAUGUAGACGUACGCAUCUGGGGACAUUAUGCUGCUAUUGAUGGAAGAGACGCCACGUACUAUCGGCACCCAAUUGGCGAAUUCAGCAUCAAGAAUACGGAACUGGAUCGAGGGAAGAGGUGGACGGCCUAUACUUUUGUCCGAAACGUCUACGAUAUAUGGCUUCCCGAGCACUUCAAAAGAAUCUGUUCCGCCAUCGACAUGUUACCCGCUGGCUUGAAUUUCGAAGUCUCCGAUCAGCCCGAACCUCAAUUUCCGGAUCUGGAACGAGCGUCAUCACGCUCAGGACUGUCCCAGCGAUUUGAAGAUUACCGCUUAGCCGAUGAAGGAGCGAUACCGGACAGCCAGCCAAGCGUCCAGCAAAUCACCCCAGACACAACGAUUCACUCUGAGUCAAGCAACUUCAAGAGGAAAAAGAAAUAA